AUGUUCAAGAAGUUUGUCUCUGCGGUUGCAGAUGCAAUCGCUGAUAUCGACGCCAAUCGGAAACCCCAGUAUCCACAGGGCACUCAAAAUCCAUUCUCUCCUAAGUCAGGACCGCAAUCAGGCUACCCUAGAUCACCCUACUCAGGAGCUGGCAUUCAACAAAAUACAUACCAAGGAUACAAUGCACCGGCUGCCGGGCUCGAAUGUAUCGGCUUACGGCCCGUAUUGACAAAAUACCAUGAAUUCUUCGCCCUCAAAGCAGCACCAAACUUUUCAGUUUGCCAUGAUUGCUAUCGGACACAUAUCCAACCAAACCACGAUUUCAUAUAUGAGUUUGAGCCGCACCAUAGCAAUAGCCCGGAAGAGGCCUUUGCUUGUGACCUUGUCAUCCCGGCUAUCAGGUCGAUCUUUUUCCAACAAUGCGUCCCAAGGAGAAUUACAAAACCACUUAUAGACUUUUCAAAACUAUGUGAGACUCUCACGCCUUGCGAUGGAUCUGCUAUCUCUACACGCGGAAGACCGUACUGGCAAGCCCGAAGGAACAAGAUGGAGAACUUCGUGUCUUGCGAGACAUGUUUCGAGCUUUACUUUAAGCAUACAACCUUCGAACAUGAGUUUGAGAAAGUGCAAGACGGAACCCUUGGAGGGAUUCAGCAGUGGACAUGCGAUAUGGCAAAGCCAUAUUUCAUUCGCCUUGCUACCGUCAAACUGGGAAAGCAACCCCCGAACUUCUCGGAAUUCGCAGAUGAGGUUAAUACCAGGAUUUCAAUACCUCCAUGUCCUGGACCAAAUAAACCAAUAGUCGAUUUCACGCCUAAAUUACUCAAUGUUGUGAUGACUGGCGCGAAUGGAAACGCCGGAAACAUUUGCUUGUCGUGCUUCUCCGAUUUUCUGGCUGAAACACCAUUAGAAGCAACCGCCUUUGCCGGUGCGAGAUUAGCAUCUGACCAACUCGGAAAGGUGACCUGUGAUUUGGCCCACGGAUACUCUCAAAUGGCAAUGAUACAUGCCGUACAACAACGGAGCGUUCAGAUAUGGCUAGAUGCAGUAAAAAUGGGAAGUAAAGCAGAGCAAUGUGCUGGCAAGAAGGGCAUGGAUGAAGCGGAAGUGGUUCGAGAUAGAAGACUGAAAGGCGAUGUGAUUCAAUGGUAUCAGCUGAAUAGUUCGUCGGCAGUCGAAAUAUGUCCAUUCUGUUAUUGGACAAAGGCCAACAUGCUCGGUGCCGGGCAUAUGUUCUCGCCCAUCACACGACUACCGUCACCGGGCCAUGUGCAUAUCUGUUUUAUGAUGGGAUCGGAUACUCCUGAAACAACCUCAACGAAUAGCCCGGAUAACUUUGCGGAUAGUGUUGCCUGGCGUGGGCGAAUCAUGUUCAAUGCUUUACGUCCCGGAUAUGAAGCCGGAGACUGGAACGCCCUCGCCUCAGCUGGCCGGAUGCUAGCUGCCAAUUCUCUGCCGUGUGGCGGCAACGUUCGUGGAUUCUCUCGAGGAAGUGGCAGGCGUUGGUACGGCCGCGUGAACCAAUCCUACGGAAACCAGAGUGACUGCACAAUAAUAUUCUGCGAGGAAUGCUAUAUGCGUUCCGUGAGCGGCAAACCUCACGCCAACAUCUUUAGUCAAGACAUGACAAACUAUGCAUUCACUACUGUCGGACCCAAUGGCCGGGUAUACUGCAACACAUAUACGAAUCGUGCCAGGGGAAUGGUACGCCAAUGUGCCGAGACCGGUGAUCUAUUCUCGUUCACUCGAUGGUGGAACAUGCGUGAAGAACUUCGCAAAAAGAAAGAUUCUUGGAAGCCUAUUAUUGAAAUGCAGCUGCAGAAGCAGAAGCUUGCCGAUGCCCAAAAAUCGGCACAGUUACGUGUCAAGCUCAAUGCGCAACGAAAUGCCCUGACGAGGAUGGCAGCCGCUGGAAUCGUGGAACUUGCGGGAGGGGAUAGGGGUUGGAGACAUGGAAAUUCUCAGGUUGGAUACGGACAUUGGACCGCAGGGGCAGCAGAAGCGCAUAUGGAUUGGAAAAGAGCAAACAAUAUGCCUUCGGGUCUCGGAGGAAAUUCCAUCAACUCCGUUAUGGAUACUCAGGCAAUACUUAUGCAGGCUCGCCAGGAUGAGCUCAAUUUUGCUGCUGUUGAGUAG